AUGGAUUUCGGAUCUACCACGAAGGAUUUCACUAGGUCUGCUGAGGCUGGAGAGGGUGAUACGAUCUUUGCCAGGAAGAGGCUGAGACGAGUGAGCUUUGCGGACACCACCGCCAUCCAUUUCUUCGAUAGGGAUGAGGAUGUGGAAACCCCGCCGGACGCGAAGGUGGGAGCAGAGGGCUCCUCCCAGUCAGGUCUCGGUAAUGAGCCGUUAGGCUUCCAGGGGGAUGGCACUGAUAGCGAGGAUACCAGGAGUUCGCCUCGUCGACUGGAAGAUGGAGACGACGAUGAUGACGAGGAUGGUGGCGACGAGCAUGAGCUCUUCGUCAGGAGAUACGCAGACUCAUCUUCUCCCUGCAGUACUGCUGGCUCUGUGUCAUCAAAUGACGGUAAUCAGCUCUAAAUUUUGCAUUUUUUAAGACCUAGAAUUAUUUUUUUGUUCUCCAACUAUCUCCUGAGGGACGUCCGGAUUAUGAAGUCAUCUGGUUUUUCCCUCUUUAGCGUACCGGAAGCUUCUGCCAGAAAUGAUAUGGUUUCAGAAGUGCUUGUAUUAUGUUAGCGUCUAACUAUGUAUUCGCGUUGAUUCGUGGGUUGGUAAUUGGGAGCAUCAAGAAUUUAGAUUUUCCAAUCUUUUCGAAGAAUUUAGAUGAACUGUUAGUGUAGUUUUCUAAGUGACAUACAAAUUGGAGACUGCUGGUUUCAGAUAUAGGUGUCUGGUUAUCAUUGACUUAUCCACAUACUAAGAGCAUGGUACUGAGAGUUUUCUGCGGAACAACAUCAGCCGAGAAAAAGAAGCUCCUUUAUUCUCCCCGAUUUCUUUCUCAUGACAUUCAGCUAUCAAAACCUUGAGUUUCAAAUCAUUUUUUGACAUAUGAAGCAUAAUGUUUCCGAGGAGUAGUAUAUUCACCUCAGACAAUAACUUUUGUCUUGUUCAUUAUAUUUUGUGGAUGGAAAUGCAUCUCUUAGAAUCAGGAUGAAUCCGCUGGAUCGAACUUUUCUCCAAGAAGCAUUCCAAUUUGGUUCCCAAAAAGUGGAACUCUUAAAUAGAGUAUAUUGAUGCAGCUCCUGGCAUCAUCUCCUUCCAUUGUCUCCUCCAAUUUCAUUCUGUACUUGGUGCCAAACCGUUUCUUUUCCGUAAAACAUGAAUUAUCUGAAAAGAUUAUUCAACUAAGGGUGACUGAAGAUGCGAAUGGUCGGCUGGUUAAGAUCAUUAGCUAUUUGGAGAGAACAGGGUGACCCAUUAAAGAUGACUGAGUAUUAUGUACUGAAUAUUCUAGUCAUUAGGCUAUGAUGAUACUGAACCAAAGGGUAGAAGGAUGAAAAUUUGCAAACUGGAGAGUUAUUUUGAGUAGACUAAUAAGGAUGAAAGUCUGCACGUCAUUUGAGCGGGAAAGUCAGAAUUUUAUUUCAUUUUUCAUUGACGAAUGUAAAGGAGACAUUUACGUUCUGAUUGCAUUUUUUUUAAAAUGGCUUUUUCUCCUAGUGAUUUUGUUCAAAUGCAAUAAGAAACCUAUUUGUAGAACGUUUUUAAAUUUCUAAGUUUAAAUGCAUGCAGGUGAUAAUCUUUUUGGUCCUGUUUCAACGAGUUUCAUUAGAUCUGGAGGCCUGUCUGAGGUGUCAGAUGACAACAACCAUGAUAUAACACUCGAUUCAACAGCGUUCUCAAUGCAUUUCAGUAAUAUUCUCCCUUUGGAUGACCCGUCAAUCAACUCAGUUGAAAGCCCCAGGACACCAACAGGGCUCUCUGUGACAAAUGACUCUGAGGGUUUCGUGCUACAUUCAGAUGCAAAGAAAAUCCCCUCUCGUUUUGGCCUUCUGAAGGCAAAUGGUUACUCUAGUGACAUGACUCUUGUAGCAGAAUAUUCAAACAGAUAUGAUUAUGGAAAGCUUUCUCCUACAUUACAAGUGUUAUUGGCCAAGGUAAAUGAAACCAUACAGCCUCAGUCUCGAACUGAUGAAAGUAAGUCUUUGUCAUCCUGCAAAACCCUUGCUGAGGACCCAGAGGCUUCAGUUUCUGAAAAAAUUCGUAGUAGUUCUGAUGCGGUUGCAUCUACUAGUAUAGUUGAGUUACGUUCAGGUGAACAUAUUGAAGUUUGUCAGAAUGAGGACUAUCACGACAAGGGCACUACAAAUGCAUUGGAUGAUAGUUUGCAUGUUUCAAAUGGCUUGCCUGAAGCCCUUACCACUGGUGUGUCUCGUCUCCAUCGCAGUCCAGCUAGCACAGGAGCAGGCCUACCUGCAGGUGCAUCAAAUGGUGAAAUGAACCACGUAAGAACCUCCUAAAUUUCUGAUUUUCUCUUAUUCAGUAUUGUUUCCAGUUUUAAAUUCCUACUAUGUAUGGACACAUGCCUCAGUUACCGAUGUAACUGCAAUCGUUUUCUCGUCUACAUUUAGUUUCUAUACAACUUUACAUCAUGUACCAGAAAAAGUGAGAAAUUUCCCGAAAAGCUAAUCAUAGGUUCUCCUCUCCAUCGGAACAAUAGGGCUGUUAUGCUCAUUACUAAACUUAUUGAAGAGAUGAAAUAGAACCAAGGUCUAUCUUUUUUAUCAGAGGCUGAAUCGAUCAUCAGAAGAAGAAUUAAGCCGAAAAUAAGAAUACAUUCUGGUGACAAAAUACUAAUUACUUUUUGUUAUGGCAAUCGCAAUCAUAUUAACUCAUUUAAUUCCUCCUAUGUAGUGUGCUUGUGAUCGAUGUACGUUUGUCCAAGUUUGUUCCAGUCAUGAUUAGUUUAUGCUUAUUGACUUUGCCAUUAUUUUCCUUUCCUUUAGGAUGCUAAUUGUCUCAGGUAUAUGAUAUAUGUUCUCAAUUAGUAUGCUGAGCCUGAAUUUAGAUCCUUCAUCUUCUCUGAAAUUCUUGGAGAACGAACCAUAUGCAUGCUAAAUUCAUCGUGCUGUUACUGUAAUUCUUCCUUACAGUAUACUGGCAUGCUGUACAACCUUACCUUCCUUUUCCAUUCCUGUGUGUCAAAUCAUCAUCUGGCAAAAUUGUUCCCUCUUGUUUGAUUCCCUCUGUUUGUAAAACGUGACCCUUGGCCAGUCUUUUGGUUUUUUCCCACUACCUUCUUCGUGGAAUUUCUUUCUACAGCCAUAAUUAACAUUUUCCAUUGCAAUCUUGUUGUAGAAAUUCUCUAAGCAUUUGACUAGCUAUCUAAUUGUGAAAUUUGUUGACAUUGGCUCCAUGUUAAUUUGCAGGAAAGUUUAAUUUCUACGCACACGGAUGCGAAGGAUGAUGUCUACAAGGCAAAACCGUCAACUUUUGUGUCUGCUGAUGUUUCUAACAUUAAUAUUAAUUCAUCACCAAGUGUGCGGUCUCAAAAACAUUAUAGUGCAGGAAGUCAUUUUCGAGAUGAAACUCCUGAAAAUGAACACCGCUCAAAGAUUUCUCAGGUGUUUUCUUCAGAUUCUCCUGCCCAGAUGACUAUAAAUGAUAGAAGUGUUUCCUGCUCUCAUGAGGGAAGAAUGCACACUCCAACUGGCUAUCAGAAUACAAAUCGCACCCUGCAUUCUGCAUCUGAAGCCUCUAUAUCUUCAUUACGCACCAAAAGACGACAAUUGCUUGACGAUGCUUCUAGGCCAUUUGAAAGUGAACAGAAAUUGAGUUUCUCUGGAGUGCAGAGUGCUUUGUCUUCAAAGACGAAAGUUAUACGAGACAGUGAGCGGACUUCACUCAUCAAGAAUUGUAAUGCAGAAUUUGAAAAUUUUGAAAUCGAAGAAAGUGUACGAAGCAAAUCCAGAUCACAAUUGUCAGCAAGGGAUUAUAGGCUCCACGGGUUGAAAUCUAUGGAGGAUGACAAUGGAAGUAAAGGUUGUGGCAAACGUUUGGAUACCUCUGCUGAUCGGCGGGAUGAACAGGGGAUGGAUACUGCAGGAAUGGGAGCUAGUACGGAAAUGGAUCAUGAAAUACAUGUUGAUAGACCUGUUACCCCUGGUAACAUAAGGCGGUCAAUACGUGAUGCCGAGAAAAAUGUUUUGUUUGAAAGCAGUAAACAAGCAGAGGAAAUUAUACAGAUGCCCCAGUCAGGGAUUCGAAAAGAUGUGAAAGCGCGUAAUUUUGAUAAUUUCACAGAGAAGCAUGCAUCUUCUCCAGCUUCCAGCUAUUCCAGAGAGCAAAUAUUAGAUAUCCUGGAAAGUGCGCAUGCAGGCAGCACAUUCCGUACGUUCAUCUCCUCUCCGAAGAGCAUAUUGGGACAGAAACUCUCCGUACAGAAGGGACAAUGUUUCACUCCCUUGGUUAAUGACUCAGUCAAGUUGAAUUCUUUGCUCAACGAAAAGAAAUCAGAGACACCCAUCUCCCAUGUUCCAUGCAGUUCUGAUGAAGUGAGGAAGCUGCACAAUCUGGCUGCCACUGUCCACAUUUCAGGGAAGAAAAGGGUAAUAGGUAGCAGAAACUCUAACCCUGACGGCCAGGAUAGAAAUCACCGAGUACGGAAAGAUCUUGCCAGUAUUGUAGAGACACUGGCUGAUCGAAGCCCUACCUUCUUUUCUCCUUCAGAUGCCCAUAAGGAGGUUAUGGCGACAAAAGAAUCUGAAUAUACAGCUGAAGUUAUGCCUGUAUGUUGUCUUAAUUUUUUUUGAUCUCACAACUUGGGAAUUCUUUGUAUUGCUUUUCUUCUUUGCUGUAUCUGCUUCAUAGGGUAUAGGAAUGGUAGUUUUCCCGCAUUCUAUUUUCUUCUUGACGUUUUUCAACCUGAGGAUAUUUCCUACGUAAAAAUUGUUUUGUUGUGUUAUGCAGCGCACCAGGAGUGAUCCGGGUCUCGGCAGUGGGUCAGAACAUGUAGGAGGAAAUGAUAUCCCAACAUCUCAUCCGCGAAAUACAGCCUCUAAGGAUCCCAUGCUAAAUGCCCUUGUGGACACCUGUCAGGAUGUUUGUAGCCCAAACAAGUCAUCUUCCUUAUUGGAAGAAUGCAUUUCUGCAAAUAAAAGAAGCAGGCAAGAUCCUCUUUCCGCUGAUAGUAUGGAUGAUCCUGGAAGGAGUUCUAAGUGUAGCAAAGCUAUUCCUAUCUUUGAGGUAAUUUCUUCUGGGUUUACACGUGCACAUUCCAAUAGCUCUGUUAAUUUUUUUGUGUGGAAUGUCUCUCUUCUCUCACGUACUAUCUAUCUUACUCAUUGUCUCAAUCUUGUAGAUUUUGACGAGAAUAGUUGAGAGCACGAGGCUUCCAUUUUCACAAUUAGCUAAUAGACUAGAUCUGCCGGAGGUACGCUUACACCUUCAUGCUUUGAUCUCCGCAUUACCAUGGUGCUUGAAAGUUUUCUACUGCUGGUAGUCUUCUUAUUUACCACCAUUGAUGCUCUUUACACAGCUUGAUGCCCUGGAAGACCUGGUGUGCCAGCUAAAGAAUGCCAGAAAAUAUGAAACCCUCUGCAGUCACAUCCAGACCACCCUGGUUUGCAAGAUGUCCUCCUCAUUUGCGUGAAUUUUAGUGUGUUUUUAACUUUAAUAUCUGAUUGUAUCAUUUUCUGUGAAUGAUAUUUCGUAUGUUCCAGGCAAAGAACCCUAAUCUGGAUCAGCGGAAAAGGUUAUAUAAACCUUCUGUCUUUGACAUUGGGAAGAAGAAGCUCUGCUUGUUCCAGAGAUCCUGACGCAAUUAAUAUGGUGCAGGUUGUCUGAAAUCAGAUUGCUCAAGGAAACACUCUUGUAUGAGCAGGCAAGGUUACAGCUGAGGAGCAUAAAGCAUGAUAGAUUGCUCGUAUGCUUCUGCGCUCUGGUUUCAGAUUUCCUCUCCUAAAGGAACACGCGUUUGUUUCUCAGAUUCAAUGUACAUUGCUGCAGAAAAAAUCUCAAGAGUUGCAAUCAAGAAUUCACGACAUCUCCAAGCUGAGGCUAAGUUUUAUGCAACUGAUGGGAAAGCAGUUGGAUGUUGUGCCUGCUACAGCGCCGAAGUACGUUUCUCAGGUGAUUGAUCCAUACGUUUAUUCUUCUUCCUGUUUUGACUUUUACCCCGUUGCCGUCUUCUCUUGCAAAAUCUACUUCUGUUUUGACUAAGCAUUUGGUCAAACGUAAUAAUUACACAUUAAAGUCGGACUGAAAUUGCUUGAUCAGGUUUGACCCUUUUCCUCCAGCUCCAUUAUUCAAUGGGAAGACGUGGACAUUUUUCCAGGUUAAUGUCAUGAUCUUAUAUAAGAUAACUUCCUAACAAUCACUAUAGUCUACCUUCCAGGAAGAACACGAUAAAGCGGCAUCAAUGAGACAGAAACUAGAAGAGAUGGAUGAAAAAAUAAAGAGCUUGAUCAAAUUCUUUGGAGCUCAUUAUAACGUAAAUGGGACCCUCAGCCACGAUGAACUCAUUAAAGUAAUCAGUGAUCAUUUCCGUAAAUGGAAUGAUCGCAGAACCGUUUGUCAACGUCUGCAAGUAAGUCUUUUGUCUCCUGAUCACUUUGACUUUUCUUGGCAAAAUAUCUUUGUGUUCAUCUAAAACACUUUGGGCCCUACAUUCCAGCUAUGGAAGCUGGUGGAUGUCAUGAAUCAGACAGAUCAAUGUGACAUCUUACUCAACUACUGCGAUUUUUUUUCCCACCGGUAGCUCCUGUCUGUUACCAAUGAUUUUAUUUUUUUCAAUUAUUAAUACAUUAAUUUCCCCUCUGUUUGACUUUUGUUUUCCUCGUAGGUUCACCAUAUCCUUCACACCAGCUUCAAGAUUUGGUGUUGACCUCUCGAUGAAUGAUGGAAACAUAGAAAAGGUUUCGGAAAAUCCUCUUAUUUUUUAAACCCUGGGGCGUGCGUUUUUUUUUAUGUUCCUGGCCAUCUGAGACUUUCUAGCCGUUGCCAAACAGAGCUUCCCUAACAUGAGAGCGCCAACCGCCUUCCAUGCUGUGUUCAAUGAGUCAAAGCGUAACAGGAGACUCUCCAGCAUGAGAUGCUUCCAGAACGAGAUACAGGUGCAGUUUCGGAAUGUUCUCAGAGAAAAUGGAUAGAAAAAGAAAAUGAUUUCUAUAAUUUAUGAGCCCCUUUUUUUUUCCUUUUUUUCUUUCUUCAGGCUGCUAGUUUUAUUUUGGGUAAUCUUCUCGACGUGCUGGAAGAGCUUCAGUCAGCUCAGGUUCUAGUCUCGAGCCUCAUGUCGACGACUUUCUCGGCCCUCUCUGGUCAGAUGACACCCUCCCUCUUCCCCAACCUCAUUAACCAUCUCUCUCUCCUCUUACGGAUCUUGUGGGGUUGACCUGCAGAUGGUCAACUCGAUCUGCAACUCCAGUUUGUUGACUUGAAGACCGGGAGAAAGGUCGUGCUGGCGCUUGACAUGACCGACCUCAACUGGUGAGUACUUUCCUUCGUUGACUUGAAGACGGCUUUACGAAGGCUUUUCUUCCACUCACCGUUAGCCGGCUUCUCCCCCUUCCUCAGCGCCGUAUAUCCCUCGGAACCCUCCGAGCUGCGCGUAGCCGUCCUCUGCUCGCCGGCGGCGCCGGAGGAUGUCGCCGCCGCCGUUCGCAGCCUCAAAGGCGGCCGUCCGGCGCUGCUCCGCCUCUGCCGCCGCGUGUCCCAGCUCAUCCAGGGUUAG